AUGUCUGGCAAGAAGCUCGCAGAGAUAGAGAGAACCGGUAAGAAAAUCCAAGAAGGCGGCAAAAUAGUCCUAAACUUAAUCAAGAAACUCGGUUAUACAAAAACCAGUGGUGAAAUUAAAUCAAUUUCAAAAACAAGUGGAUCUUCAUUCUUUGAUAGAGCCAAAACUGAAAAGGAACUUAAGAAAGAAGUCCGGAAACUAGUCGCCCUACGUGAAACUUUCAAAGGCGGCGCCAAAGAAGAAAAACUCAAAGAAGAGAUUGAAGUUUACAAGAAAGGUGUUGAUGUUAUGAUUGAGAUAGAAGAAGCCGUUUUUAAUCGCUUAAAGGAAAAGGCUAAUACUUUCUAUGCCUUAGAUAUCAAAGAAAAAGUCCUCCAAACCAUAUCUAAUAGUGAACUUGAAAUCAAAAAGAAGAAAGGACUUCCUAUUGAAGCAGAGACACUCCGGCGCUUACUACUACCUACUUCUACCAGUCCCCCUGAAGAUUUACACCUCCAUUUAAACGAUUACUACGAUGGUAAGUUAAGUACAGUCGAAUUAGCCCAAGUCCUUCUACAACAAGAAUCCGUACCUAAACCACCACCAGAAGAUAUCUGGAAAGGAGAUAUCUCAAUGGCCGCUCGUAAAAAGAAGAAAGAAGUUGAAGAUAAGAAGAACCAUCUGCUUUUUUCUGAAGCUAUCUCCCAAUCACUUAAAGAAACAACUCCUACCCACUCCAAACCCGAUCCAGAUAAUCUACUGGUAGUAGGUGAAGAAAGAGAUAGUAGAGAUAGUAGAGAUAG